AUGAUGAAGGAAAAUAGACAAAUUGUUAUUCCUGAUGUUCGUGUAGAGCAGAACUUCAGGAAGUCGGUGUUUGCUGCGGCCAGAAAAGAGCAUGAGACCAAAGUAAAGCCUUUAAGAGGGUCGGAAGCUCAAAUAGAUGAUUCAGAGGUAGGUAUUACUAUCUCAGCAGUUGUUAAAGUGGUGUUUAAAGAUGUGCUGUUAUUGCCUCUUCUGCAGGGCAUGAUGUGGACUGGACUAAUGAUCGCUAUGAAGCCAUGGCUCAGGGCAUGUGGCCGGAAUGGAUACUUAUUAGGCCGCUAUAUAUAUGAUACAAUUACAGGACGUCAUUUGUUGAAAAAAAUGCGUUAUAAAUUAGAGUAA